AUUGGUCGUAGCGGAUUGCCCAUUGCGCGCGAAUUUUAAAACGCGCAAACGUUGAAAACGAACUGCAACGUACGGCGAGGGCGAAAUGUAUUUUACGAAAAAAAUACGACUACAAAUAAUGUGCUGCAGUGUCACGUACGUACUUGUUUCAUUGGAGUUCCAACGUGAUUUUGCAUUCGAGUGAAACGAAAAACGACAAAUUCAUGGUUGCUCAAGUUUGACGAGUAAUCGCUCGGUGGACGCGGUAUCAAUGAAAGAAAGAGGAACAUGGAAGUGAAGUUCGCAUACACCAAACAAAAUCCGAAGGAAACUGCAAAUCCAAUUAGUCGAUUAUUUUUCGGAUGGAUGAAAGACAUAUACGUGAAUGGUAUUAGAAGAGUGCUCACGUUGUCGGAUCUGUAUCAUCCUCUGAAAUCGCAUUCGUCGAAAACAGUCACGGAUCAGUUACAAAAAUCCUGGAACCAAGAACUUCAGAAAUGGGAGCAGAAGAAGAAAGAAACGCAGUACGAGGACCAAUCGAAGAAGAACGACGUUUCCCCUCGUCUGGAGAGAGCUCUGAUUCGUGUAUUUUGGAAGGAAUAUUUGUUUGUUGGCAUCCUUUUGGCGGUCCAAUACGUCGGACUGCUUGUAUUCACCACACUUAUACUCUCGUGGAUCGUCAGCUACUUCAAGGUCGACGACGAGGCUGCAGAAAUCACCACGAAAAACGAAGUUCUAUCCUACGUCUGCUAUUUAGUACUUUGCCUGAUGUUUUCAGUGUUCUUCAUGCACCAUAGCGAUCUCUGGUCGCAGGAGAUUGGCAUGAGGAUAAGGGUCGCUUGUUGCUCGUUAAUUUAUAGAAAGAUAUUAAGGCUUGAUAAAGGGGCCUUGACUCAAAUGAGCGCUGGCCAGGUUGUGAAUCUUCUCAGCAACGACGUCAGCCGCUUCGACGAAUUAUGCUGUUACUUGAACUUCCUUUGGAUAACGCCCGUUCAAAUGAUCAUCGUGGCCAUGAUAAUGUGGUACAAGCUGGGAACUGCAAGUUUAAUUGGCGUCGUAAUAAUUCUGCUGAUAACUGUUCCGACUAGCACCAUGUUCCUUACAAUGACCCAAAAAUUUAGAGAAACCAUUGCCUCCUGGACGGACAAGAGGAUGCAACUUAUGAACGAAUUUAUAGGUGGUAUCCAGGUGAUCAAAAUGUACGCCUGGGAGAAGCCAUUUAGAAAAAUCGUUACAAAUAUACGUGCUGUGGAAAGCAAGGCAAUCAGAAGUAGCUCGUAUAUCCGUGCAUCGCAUCUUGCUCUCGCGGCCUUCGUGAAUCGUGUCGUUCUCUUCGUGGCUCUCAUAACGUACAUUGCACUGGGGAACGAGAUGAAAGCGGAGUUAACGUUCAUGAUGUUCAGCUACUUCCAGAUCAUUCAGAUCACGACCACGCUCUUCUUCCCACACGCUCUUCUACUGAGCGGGGAGACUUUCGUGUCCAUCAAGAGAUUACAAAAAUUUUUGUUACUGGAGGAAUACACGAACGAGGAAAGAACGUUGAACCGAGCAUACCAGAACGGUGCCUUGAAAUUCAAGAGGAAGAAUAUGGAGAAACGGAGCGUGGAAUCUAUCAAGAUGCGAACCAUGAACGCGAACCAAAAUUUGAACUCGAACAAUGUCGACGAGCAAGUGGCAGUCUCGAUAGAGCUGGAACGAGUGUCGGCGAACUGGAUUCCCAACCAGCUACCACCGACCUUGUGCAACCUCUCCGUCAAGAUCAAAGGUGGAGAUUUGUGCGUCCUGGUCGGUCCAGUGGGCUCAGGCAAAUCCUCCAUCUUACACCUUCUUUUGAAAGAACUUCGUCUAGGAGCUGGAAAGAUAAAACUGUACUGCGAAUCACUGGACAACGACCUCGUGUUCGACAGACGGGGGUACGCGAGCAACAUUCCGCAUCUGAAAAUUUCUUACGCCAGCCAGGAUGCUUGGCUCUUUUCUGGAUCUGUCAGGGACAAUAUUCUCUUUGGGCAGCCGUACGACAAGGAGAGAUACACGGCUGUAACGAGAGUUUGCGCGUUGACCAAGGAUUUCCAACAGCUGCCUUACGGCGACAUGAGCAACGUAGGCGAAGGCGGGUCCUCUUUGUCCGGAGGGCAAAAGGCGCGAGUGAAUCUGGCGCGGGCGGUCUACAGGAAAGCGGACGUUUAUUUGUUGGACGAUCCUUUGAGCGCGGUGGAUUCACGCGUGGCCAAGCAUCUUUUCCACAGGUGUAUCAAAAACUACCUUCGCGGGGCUACCAGAAUCUUGGUCACCCACCAGUUACAAUUUAUCAAACAGACUGACACCGUUGCAGUAUUGGACCGAGGUUCCAUAAGUAUGUACGGAACGUACGAGGAGCUGUCCAAGUCGAACGAAAAUUUCACGAAGAUAAUGAAUCGCAUCGAAAUGUUGACGGAGGCUAAGAAGCAAAACGAAGCCUCCGAAAAUCUCGAGAGAAAACCCAGCAGAAGUGGUGUCCGUAGGUUGUCUUCCGUGAUAUCUGCCAACAGUAGCGUGGUUUCCUACGACUACGAAGACUGUAUGUCAGUGCCGGACAAUGACGAAGCGGUGGCAACCAGUCGUUUCUCCAACAAAAUCUACAAGAAAUACUUUCAGAACGGUGGCUCGAUUUACGCCUUGAUUGCUUUGUUAGUUAUGUUCAUUUUGUCGCAAGUGACAAUGACUGGCAACGACUAUUGGGUCACCUACUGGACGAACAUCGAAAUCAUAAGAAGAUCGUUGAACAGGAACAAUUCGUUCAAGCCUCAGUAUUCGUUUUACGUGUUGAACGAUACAGCAUUGUCGCGUGUGUUCAAUUUGGACAAACACGGCCUCUUAGACACCGCCGACGCUAUAUACGUGUAUACGUUUUGCAUCGUUUCCUGCAUCGUGAUAACAUUCGUCAAAAACAUGUUUUUCAUGGAGGUUUGCACAAACGCUAGUAAGAAUCUUCACGACGCGAUGUUCUCCAACAUAUUACAAGCAACGAUGACCUUUUUUCAUGAUAACGUUUCUGGAAGGAUAUUGAACAGAUUUUCCAAGGACAUGGGUUCCGUGGACGAAGUGAUGCCGAAGGUGAUGCUAGAGACCAUUCAGAUGUCUCUUAUGAUAAUCGGUAUCAUUUGCAUGGUGGUGACUGUGAAUUAUUGGAUGCUAAUCCCGUUAAUGGCGUUUUUCGUUCUAUUUCUCUUCGGGAGGAGGGCGUUUCUGAGAACCGCACAGAGUAUCAGGCGUCUCGAGGGUAUAGCAAAGAGCCCUGUAUUCUCUCACGUAAACGCCACGCUAAGCGGACUGACCACCAUUAGAAGCAGUGGAUCGAAUACUGUGGAGUUAUUGCAAAAGCAGUUCGACGACUUGCAAGAUGUACACACCGGUGCAUGGCACAUGAGUAUAGUUGUGCCUGUAAUUUUUGGUCUGUACAUGGAUUUCGUCGUGACGCUGUUCAUCGCCUGCAUUUGUUUCUCUUUCGCUAUAAUGAACACAGAUAGCAUCCUUGGAGGCAAUGUUGGUUUGGCUAUAUCGCAAUCGUUGGGUAUAAUCGGUAGCCUGCAACAUGUAGUGAAGCGAAGUGGCGAAAUGAUAUCUCAUACAACGUCCGUGGAGAGGAUCCUAGAGUACACCAAUUUGCCCAAGGAACCUUCGUGGACCAGUGACGAUCCUCCGCCGGCGGACUGGCCGAAACACGGACAAGUGACUCUGAAUAAUGUCAGCAUGAAGUAUGACAAGGAAGAAGCCCCUGUGUUGAAGAAUUUAAAUCUGACGAUAGAAGCUGGAUGGAAAGUUGGCGUGGUAGGUAGAACCGGCGCAGGGAAGUCGUCGUUGAUAUCGGCGCUCUUCCGGUUAUUCGUCGAGGGACUAGAAGGAGAAAUCAGAAUCGACGGGAAAGACACCAAGACGUUGGGCUUGCACGAGUUACGCUCGCGGAUAUCGAUCAUCCCUCAGCAACCGUUUUUGUUCUCCGAAUCGCUGCGUCACAAUUUGGAUCCGUUUCGCAGCUACGAUGACACGCUGCUGUGGGAUAGCCUCCGACAAGUUGAGUUGAACGAUAUUACGCUGGAUCAGAUGGUGAUGUCCGGUGGAAGUAAUUUGAGCAUUGGACAGAGGCAGCUGAUAUGUCUGGCCAGAGCAGUUUUGAAGAACAAUCGGAUACUAGUGUUGGACGAGGCUACAGCCAAUAUCGAUACGCACACGGACGAUCUAAUUCAAAAAACCAUAAGAACGAGAUUUGCUGACUGCACUGUCAUUACGAUUGCUCACCGUUUGCAGACCAUUAUCGACAGCGACAGGAUCAUCGUGAUGGACUUUGGUAAUAUAGCGGAAUUUGGUCGCCCUUACGAGUUGUUGCGCGACAAGCCUCAGGGUAUGUUCUCGCAAAUGGUGAACAACACAGGAGUGUUGAUGGCGCAGUCCCUUCGCGAUCAAGCACAGCUGGCUUACGCGAAAGACACCAGGGAGAUAAAUGUGGACACUUCGAGAACACCGUCCACGAGAAGCGACUCGACGGACAUGCAGAGCUCCCUCUAGAAGAAGUUCCUAAAUUAGACCAAAGAAGGAGGAAGGAUCGUUCGCAAUUUUUCGUAUUUAUUUAAAAUCGAAAGUAUCAAUACAAACGUGUGGCUCAAACAAAACGAAAGAAACUCUCUCUUCCCUUCAAACCUGUUCUCCCUCGUGCCCCGCGUCUCUCAUUGCGUUUCGCCGUUAAAUUAACAAUCUGUGAAUCGAGUAGUUACGUCGUCGGAUUAUUAAACGACGUUGUUUCGAGGAAAUCAACCGCAGGGACACGCAGAACGCGAGUUUGUCGAAAUCGAAACGCGUUGCUGCAAAA